AUGUAUACAAAAGAGUACUACUGGUUUUCCCAGUAUAUGAUAAUAACAAGUACCUUGGUGCUCACCAUAAUAUGGUCAAUCCUACCAUCGUCCUUCGGUGAGGCUACCCCACAGCAGUUCGUCAACACGAUACUAGACAUCUUUCCGCAGAGGAGAUGGAUCAUCACUCUGGAAGGCAUAAUGCUUAUGGGCAUGCUGUGUAUCUACACCGGUCUUCUGAUGUACAAUGAAGACUCGUUAACCCCACCACUGGAUUCCUUGUCCACAGUGACGGAUGCGGGCGGCCAGCUCGUAAUACUGGAAGACACAGUCGAGUUUGUCAAGAAAUGGGCAUUUAAGGAAACAAGUGGGAUUUACGAUCUGCCCCUGAUGGAUGCCUGCCAACUCUUGUACCUGUACGAUAACGAAGAUGCCAACACAUAG